UGUCGCGGUUGAAUGACGUCACAAAACGGCGGGGCUCACGUUUGUCCUAUUUAUCUUGGCGUUUGGUGGGUUUAAGAUCUCACCUUACUCUGUGAUUAAUGGCCAACGGGUACAAAGAAGUAUUAUAUAAACGUGGGACUGGACAGAGUGAUGAUUCUGAUAUUUGGGAUGACACAGCUCUCAUAAAAGCCUAUGAUAAAGCCGUGGCUUCUUUUAAGAAUGCCCUCCAAAAUGAUGAAAGUACAGACCCAUCCAAUGUUGACCAAUCUCUUUCUGGAACAAAAAGGAAAAACAACAAAAAAAAUAAAUGUAGGAAAAAAAGCAAUACAGUGGAAGGCAACCAGUGGAAAAUUGGUGACCGGUGCAGAGCUGUGUGGUCUGGAGAUGGAAAUGCAUAUCCAGCAACAAUUGCCUCUUUAGAUGAAAAGAAGGGAACAUGUGUUGUUGUUUAUACUUCAUACGGCAAUGAGGAGGAGCAGAACCUUAAAGACCUUUUGUCUGAUAACUCUGAAACAGAACUGGAUAAUACAAACCAUGAACAGGAAGUAAACAUGCAGUAUUCUACAGACGAGAGUGACCAAUCUCCCACAGCUAUACCAGUUAGAGAACAGCAGAAACCAAAGAUGAAAUUUAAGUAUCCUGUAGGUCCUCCAUAUUGGAUGCAUGGCUUUCCACCACCAACAAUGCCAGGUGUAGGAAUGGCCGACUCAAGAAAUAUUGAUCCUUCACAUUCUUUUCCCAGCUGGCCUCCACAUAUUCCACUGGGACCACCACUUAUUCCGCCCCCGCCUCCAAUGAACCCAGAUAUAGAAGAUGAUGAUGAAGCCCUAAGCAGCAUGUUAAUUGCCUGGUAUAUGAGUGGGUACCACACUGGCUAUUAUCUAGGAUUGAAACAAGCAAGAAUGGAAGCUGCUUUAGGAAACCGGUCUCGACAUAAAUAAAGACAAAUACUGGAGAAAUAAGUGGAGCUCUCUCCCAGGGAGAGAUGUGACUUGGAUUGUUUUCUACCUGUAUCUCGCGCUCUCUCUCUCUGUUCUUCCAAGGAUGGAACAACAUCUUGGUUGAAAUGUUUGGUCACCUACUUCACUUGUUGCACUAUAUUUUUUGUUAGACUCGUACUUUGUAAAUAAAAACAAAUAAAUCACA